GGAGUAAAUAUUUCAAUAUGGAGGCCGACAGAUGCUUUAGGUCUGUAAUGUAAUGAUAAUAAACAGACUGUGGAUUUCUAGAUAACGUUUAGCUGGGAGUAGAAGGAUAAUUCUGCCCACAACACACUCGAUAGCGAUGCCUCACCGCCGGCAUGAGCACGGCGAUUCUGGGCGGCCACGACUGCCAGCCCAGACCACCUCCAACUUGAUGUACAGCAAGGCAAACACUGACAUGGUCAGCUAUGAGGACCUUCUUAUAGCCCAGUAUCUUGAGGAACUCCGAAAGGCAAAAGGAGAAAUGAAGAAAACCAAAGACGUUCCCUCGUCACCUUACGUCCAGAAGUUGCCUCACUCUGACUAUGGAUACUUGACAAAAAGGCGCCCAGCGUCAGCAACAUCUAGCAGUCGCCCACCAUCAGGACAUCAUUCUUACAAACCUAAGAUAGAUGCCAAAUUUAUCGCUGACCCUUCAAUGUGGGAUCCUGCUACGCCACGAUCGUCUGUUCACAGAAAAGGCCGUCCUGAAAGUGCCCCAGUCAGACAAAGAAGUGGACGAAGUCGACCAUUGUCUGGAACUUCCAAUAUUUCCUGGCUGUAUGGUCGUCGUGGAUACUCCGCCAUGAGACCAGCGUCUGCCUUUACUGGACGUCGUAUCAAAUCUCAGUACAAGAAACAACCGACCACCAUCAGAGUUACAGCAUUUAAAAAUGGCAGCCGAGAAAACUUUAUCAGAGUGGCGGCACCUACAGUUAAAAUUUUCCUGGAGAUGUGUACAGACAAACUGGGGCUUCCCUUUGCUGCUCGUCGUAUUUUUCUAGAAGAUGGCAUUGAAGUGACAGAUCCUCGGGAUAUUCCAGUGGAUGGCGAAGUUUUUGUGUCGACUGGCGAAAAUUACAAGGACCCUUACAAAAAUAUCAAAAGAAACAUGAUCAUCAGUCAAGGAGCAAAGUGGACAUUGUCCGGAGUCCUUAUCCCAGAGGAUGGUCAUAUCAGGACCAAGACGUCCAAGAUGUCCAAGCGGAUGAAGGCCCUAACAGAGAAACGACGGAUCAGAAUAAUUGUUUAUAGAAACGGCAUGUCUACGGAACCCGUGGAGGUGGUGGCUGACCUCACGAAACUGGACGAGUUCCUUGUGGCUUGUACUGGGAAACUUGACCUCAGGAGCCAUGCUAAGAUCGUGUACGACUGGGAAGGCAAUGAGAUCACACACCUGACGCAAACUCCUGUCCUUGACGACUGCCUGCAACCCGGGGGAACGGCCAUAUUGGGUCCUGUCUGGAUUUCCAUAGGCGAGUCAUUCAGUGCAACAGCGACUCUGCAUUACAUCCGUAGUAUCAAACAGGUUCUCACAGAUCGUCUAAAAGACGCAGAGCGAUAUAAGACCGAGAUAAACUACGCGAUGCAAGGACAGAAGGAAACCAUCUCCAUCACGGCCAUUUUAUCGAUGAGCGAAGAGGAACUCUACACCACUUAUGAGCUGGCAGAGAAAGAAAUAUCACAGCUGAAAAGCACGCUGUCCAGCCUCAAGUCUAAGAUCGCAGCCAUUGAGGAGGUCAAGAUCAAGGAGGAGACCGAAGGCGCUAACUAUCGUAUGAGCCACAUCCAGGAAUUCUCAUUUGACCACAAGCUGGUGGGAAGGAAAGGACUGCGACUCAAGGUCUAUGAGAAUGGAUUCUAUGGAGAAGGACAUCAGUUCUUUUUCAACAUUGCUGACGCCCUUAAAGGGACGGGUUCAGACAAGUCGGGCCGAGAACGACAAUUACAACGUCUCCUUGACGACCUGUCAAACAAUCGUGUCUUCAGCAACCCGGUCAAUCCCAAACUGACCCCAGUAGCUCGGCGUAUAUUUGACCAAUACGGUAAUGAAAUCAAGGACAUCUUAAAGCUUGAAUACGACCAGGAGAUCUGGGUAUCCUUUGGAGAACCUUUCAUAUCACCCUUCAUGUUCUGUCUCCAAGCGACCUUUGACCGGGCCAAAGGUUACGACCUCGGAGAUGCGAAUGGAGUUUCCAGGGAGGCUAACCUGGAAUCUCUGGAUAACUUUAAAAGCCACCAUGACUUUGACACCCACGUAGGCUUCCCUACUGAUAGUUAUGAGAAGGUCAAGGACCCCAUCGUGAUACAACACAUCAAGGACGACCUUAUUCCGAUGUCGGAACUGAGUCAGGCCGGUCACUACAUACAGGCCAAGAAAGACAAAGGCAUUGUUUUAUAUCCCGAGGCAGCCAUCACACAAAAGGUCAAGAAGGACAAGACUAUGUGGCCAAUGGAGGCUCAAGUCUGGGUCAUAUCCAAGCGCGGAUACAUCUACAGUAAGGGAAUGCCCAGUCUGUGUUUGGCUGUAUCAGACACGAGGGUCGAGUUCAACAUCUCCGAGAAGGAGGGUACAUCCUCUGGAUUUGUCAUCAACAUGCAAAAAGCUACGAGUGGCAACAUCUACCAACAGUGGAAGUUUAAUCCUGAUGCGACCAUCUCCAACCAGGCUCACCCUGAUCUGGUAAUCACGUACACCGGUCACAAGAUGGGGGACGAGGAGGCAUACACCGCUAUUGAGGGAGUGUCCCCAGGGGUUCGAGUCUAUCUUGUCCUCAUGGACAAACUUACCUCACGUAAAGAAGCUGGCUUUCAGAGAUUUGCACUGAAACAAGAGCGAUUUGACAACCUGGGCCAGUGGAAAUUUAACGAUGCCACUAAUCAGGAAUGGAACAAGCAAGCUUAUUCCUGGCCGGUCCGUGAGGACGGAGCUCUAAACGAGGAUUACGACUGGCCCAUGGAAGGAUACAUCAUACCUAAUGCACCUCCACUUCACAAGAGUUCCGGGAAAAACAACAACUUGUCUGGAAUGACUCCACUACGCCUGAUGUGUCUGAAAAAUGGAGAGCAGGACUUCCGUAAGGCCAUACCAGUUGUGGGACCAAACCUCACUAAUAUGGUCAAGGAUCUGCGAUCAGAGAAAGGAGAGAAAGGUCAACAGAAAAGUGGACAGGAGGCACAGCCGGAGGACGAAGAAGUGUCGCACGGGAAGGAGGAGUUAGAACUUGUUAUGUUCCUUGACCAUUGUACCAGUCUGCUGGACAUGCCGUUCGCCGCCCGGCGUCUGUUUGACCAGCACGGCAAUGAACACUUCAGCCUUGCUCGUCUGAAGCGUGAUGACAUUGUGUAUGUGUCGUGUGGAGAGGCUUGGUCUGACCCCAAACUGACCAAGGCUGAGCAGCAACGCCGCUUCCUCCUGUCUCAAUUGUCGCAGGACGUGGCCAAAAUCAGACAAUACUGCGCUCUCCGUAACCCUGAGAACUACGUAUUGGAAGUUGAGGGAAACCUGGUGCCCGGCAACCGUGUCAUUGUCAACCAACAAUGGCAGUCAGGGAUGGACGAACAAGACGAUGACGAUGAUAAGUUUGACACCAAGAGUCGAUCAUCCAAGGCAUCUAAAGCUCAGAGUAAAGCAUCAAAGACACGGUCAUCCAAGGCAGGGUCAGAGGUCGGCAGUCAUGUGACGGACGAUGAGCUCCGAACAUCUUUAGAAUUUGGUGGACUGAGUGCACAUGAGAUUGCCCAUGAAAGGUCAGAAAAACGUCUUAACCAACUCAAGUGGCCGUGGGAACGACUUGUCAAUGUUGACAACGGUAACCUUGACGACGACCCUGAAGCAAAUAAAUACACUGAUCGGGAGAUGUACGAACGUUACAAGCCAGCACCAACCCCCAAAAUAUCGAGGGAUACUCUCCAGAGAUUUGUGUUUGAGGACGGGUACAUUGCGUGUCAGUCGAACCGUAAUAUUGUGUUAGGAGUCCAGGAGAAGGAAGGUCGCAUCAGUCAGGUGACUGUUGUCAAGCGUCGCCCCGACGACAUCAACCAACGCUUCGUCAUGAGAGAAAACGGUGAAAUACGGUCAAAGCAUGGACAGAGGACUGUGUUAACCGUUUCACUUCCAGCCAAUGAGCCGUUCUCGGAGGAUGAGGAGGGUCGGACACUGACCUAUUCCGGAUGUGCUGUCACGAUUCAGCAACGUAAAACGAACAUGUACGGAAAAUCUCAUCAACGAUGGCACUAUGAUGCUGAGACUGGACACAUCCGCGCCUUCAAGACCGAUCGUUACGACAAAGAAAUAACUGCGGCUAACAAGGCCGACGUGUGUACCUACUCAAUAGCUCAGCAGACUGAGAUCGAUCAGCCGGGUUAUGUUGCUGAGGUACCCAUGGCAACCCCUACAGACCGUCAGCACAUCAAAGAAAUUCGUGUGUGUACAUCAUGUGCUCGUGCCAUGAGGGGGCGCUACAAACUACAGAAGAUUCGUGAGAACACUGAGUUCUCGUGCGCAAUGGGAGAAGCUAAGAAACUUAAACUACAGCAAAUUGGGAGUUUCCGUGUGUUGAAUGGAAAGGUGGAUCUGUCGGAACAUGAGGCAGAGUUGACCUUGGAAAACUGGGAGGAUACGCUAACAAAACUCCGAGAGGAAACCAGUGUCCGUACCAUCGCCAAGGAGAUCUCGGUCGCCAAGACGCCUAUUACUAUGAAAAUAAUGGCUUAUAAAAAUGGAGAGGGCCGAUUACAUCAGGGCCGGCUCAUUUGCGGCUCCAGUAUCGAGGGGAUCCUUGGACAAUGUACAUACAAACUGGCCAUGGCCAAUGCAGCACAGAAGAUCUUCACCGAGGAUGGUACGAUGGUGCUGGAAAUUGACGACCUAAAGGACUGGGCCAUCAACAACUACACCUCGCUAAUGGCCGACCAGCUGCAGCGGAUCAUGGCAGAUGGACAAGAGGGAAAAGGGGAAGAAGAAGAGAAUAAUGAGGAAGAAAAAGGAAAAACUUCACAGAACAGACAACCAGAGACUGUCAAGGAGGAGUCGGAGGAGGAUGAAGACGAAAUCAAAAUCAUUACUCUCCGAACCAAGAUACAGAGCGGUAUCAACUACACGUACACCAAACUCAGUGACCACAACUUCCAACUCGGAUCAGACAGACAUGUGGUGUUCGAGGUUCGCGCUUGUAAUGACGCUCACAUUGCCUUAAUGGAGGAAGAUUCGGAUGAAAAAGACAAAAAAAUGUACGAAGUUGUUAUUGGCACGAAUAACAAUGCCAAAUCGGCUAUCCGUAACAAGAAGGAAGGAGUGAACAGGUCAGAAUAUGAUGGAAGGAUUUUGGACGGAGGGUCAUUCAAGAAAUUCCUCAUCACCUGGGAAGAAGGUGUGAUAAGUCUGUAUAGAGAAAUGAACGAGGAAUGGCAGACAGUCAUGUCCUGGAAAGAUCCGUCGCCAUUUAAUAUCAAUUAUAUUGGUGUUUCAACCUCCAUCUUGGCAUCUGGUGUCUGGAAAAUCGAGUGUCCUGAUGUCCGAAAGGAGACAGCAGGAACGUGGAGAAGGCGAGGGCCAGGACAGUCCGAAUGACGGUGGUUUCUACACGGAAACGGCAGAAGGGGAUCAACAGGAGUCCGACAAAAUGAAUCGUGAACGGCAGAAACUGCUCAACCAAGUCACUGUGCCGUCAGAGGAUGUGAUUCUACGUUAUCCAAUUGAGGUCUGGGU